AAUAUAUAAAAGAAAAUGAAGAAAAUAAAUACAUCUAUGCAUGCAGACAGCGCACAGCACACAGCAUAGGGGAAAAUCUAAGAGGCAAGUGUGAUUGGAGGUGGAGGAGGAGGAAACCGAAAUAGGAGCGAGAGUGAAGAAGUGGGCAAAGAACAAUCAACGCCUUCCCCACCGCAACCACCACCACCACGACAACAACAACACCAACAAUAGCAAUUACAACAAUAGCAAUAAUCAGAACAAUAAGAACGAGAGGCAUUCACGCCAACGUUGGCGGUGGCGGCGACCAUGACGUCGGCGACGGUAGGGAUAAAAACGACGAGUUCGGCGACGACAGUGGUCCAAGCUAACACGACCACGACGACAGCCAAAACUGUUAUCAAAGCAAAGUAGAAAACGAUCUCUUUUUCUCUUUGCUAAACAUGCAAGAACUAAGGAUGAUAUCCAGACUCUGUUACAUAGCUUCUCUGAUGCUUUUAGCAUCGCUCAACCUCGGACUGUGUCAGGCGCCCGAGCAUCUCGAUAAAGCUGGAUGGUUAAAGGUGGCAGCGAAUGAAUUAGAUGAGGUGUUGACUACAGAGAAGAAUGAGAAUGUGGCUAAAAACGUGAUUCUAUUCCUGGGCGACGGAAUGGGUAUCAGCACAAUAACUGCCGGACGGAUAUACAAGGGACAGCAACAGAAAAAGAACGGCGAGUCUUUCAAGCUAUCCUUUGACCGCUUCCCUCACACAGCUUUAAUCAAGACUUACACCGAAGACAAAACAACUCCUGACUCAGCAGCCACAGCAACGGCAUUCCUGACUGGUGUAAAAACCAACAAUGGAGUUGUUGGCCUCGAUGGUAAUGUCAAGCGCGGAGCGUGUUCUAGUAAAGUGGAAGAGAGUAAGGUCAAUUCAAUACUGGACUGGGCAUUAGCAGCAGGCAAAUCAGUUGGUAUUGUAACCACAACAAGAGUCACUCAUGCUACACCUGCGGCCACUUACGCUCACUCUCCGAAUCGUGACUGGGAGAGUGACCGUUUUAUGCCCAAGAACACGUCAUGUAAAGAUAUAGCACGACAACUGAUUGAAGAUAAUCCUAAUAUCAAUGUUAUACUUGGUGGAGGUCGAAGUAAUUUCUUACCGAAAAAUGCUACUGAUCCGGAAUAUGUCAACAAAACCGGAUUAAGACGUGACGGUCGAAACUUGAUUGAGCAAUGGAAGAAGGAUCAUCCGAAAAACGCAAAAUAUGUUUGGAAUAUGAAUGAAUUUAAGGAUGUCGACCCCCAAAAGACAGAUUACCUUCUAGCUUGGAUUAACGAUCAAAUUCAUAGACUUCAUAUGCCACUUAGUCAAGCUAUAAUUUGCAGUAAAGCAAUUUCUCUUUUCAACUCGCUUAAGGAUAAAUCAGAUGGAUCAAAUGAAACAUUUGUAGCGAGCAAUGGUUGGUUCGAUCGUUUCAAAAACCCAGCAGAUUUACACAAUGUGAAGAUCCACGGAGAAUCGUCUAGCGCAGAUCAAAAAGCUGCAGAAACUUUUCCUCGCCAAUUAGAAGGCUUGACUGAAGAAGAAGGUUUUAUACCGUCUCAAAUAUUUAAUCCUGUGAAUCAAGGAGCCAUUUCAUCGUUUAAAUCUUACUAUUUCCGUUUCACCUUUGAAAGACUCAUUGAGGUAACUGAUAGAGAAAAUGGUCCAACGAUUCAAGAAUUUUGGAAGAGUUUCAACAUCCUUGAUGCAAUAAAAUUGAUAAAGAAAGUAUCGGAUAAAAUCGCCGGAAAGAGCAUGAAAGGAAUUUGGAAAAAUCUCUGCCCCAACUUAAUUGACAAUUUUGAAGAAUUUGAUAAUCAUGAAGGUCUUCAAAAAGAAACUGACACAAUCAUAAACAUUGCAAAGGAAUUGAACUUUGAAAUUUCACCUGAAGAUGUUAAAGAAGCUCUUUAUGCUGACGGUAAUGAAAUCACAUAUGGAGAAUUGCUAAAAAUGGAAAAGUUUAAACGUUUCCCAGUUUCCAUUCUACUACCAUAUGGUAUUGCAAAGUUCAUGGUCUCACAUCGUUUGCUUAUUUUAUCCUUUCCAGCUAUAUCUGGUCUCCUUAAUUUAAAAGUAUUUGUCAGCUUUCAUGGAGAAAUCUUGCAAUAUCAUGUUUUCUUCUAUCAGCCACAACCAACAUUCUUUAUUUCCAACAUAUUCGGUUGGUUGCAUGAAUUGGCUCUCAUUAUUAUUGAUAUUGUUUUCCACGCCCAUGCCUCCCACCUUGACUAUUUCAAUUUUAACAUCAUCAUCAUUGUUGUCGUAAUCGUCAUAACAAUUGUUAUUUCAGGAGGCAGGAUUGACCAUGGUCAUCAUGUGAACAGUGCUAUAAAGGCGCUGUCCGAAUUGAGCAGCUUCGAUGAUGCCGUUGCCAAAGGUGUGGACAUAACCAAUGAAAAGGAUACACUUAUUAUAGUAUCGGCUGACCACUCACAUGUGUUCAACAUUGCUGGUUACCCAGAAAGAGGCACAAAUAUCUUAGCUGAUAAAUCUUAUCGACAACAAGCUACAGUUCCUCUCUCCCGUGAAACGCAUGGAGCUGAGGAAAUUGCGAUUUUUGUUCGUGGUCCUAUGUCUCAUAUAUUUCACGGUGUAAGGGAGCAAGUGUUUGUGCCAAUUGCCUUGGCUUACUCAUCGUGCAUUGGUUCAAACAAGAAUCACUGUUCAACAUCAAAUACACCUAUGAUAACAAUAAACAAAAGAACUUUCAUCGUUUCUACCAUCCUUUUAAUUUCGUUUUUGUGGUCUUUGAAAAAUUACCUACAACAAAGUGCCGUUCCUUUGGCAGCUGAAACUCAUGGUGGCAAGGAUGUUGUUGCUUAUGCCCGAGGACCGAUGUCUCAUCUGAUUACCGGAGUCAAAGAGCAAAACUACCUUGCAGUGGCCAUGGGAUAUUCUUCCUGUACAAGAAAACACACUAAUUAUAACGCUCAUUGUUCUGUUCUCCCUUCGUCUGCCACCAAAAGUUCAACGCCAUUUCUCUUUCUAUUGCUAAUACUGACAAUUGUUGUUCAGAUUCUUUCAAAAUAAAACCAUUCAAUCUGUCUUCCUACCUAACACUUACACACACAUACGCACACUUACAUAUACAUAUGCACACUUAUACACACAUACUUAUCACAUUCGUAUAUACAUAUUUACAUUACGCAUAUAUAACAUAUAUAUAACAUACAUACACACACAUAUAUAUGUAUAUAUGUGUAUGUAUAUAUAUAUAUAUAUAUAUAUAUAUAUAUAUAUGUAUGUAUGUAUGUAUGUAUGUAUGUAUAAAUGAACUAGAACCUGGGAUGGUAUUUGGUUCCUUCACCCUUAACGUUUAGACUCGAAUACCUAAACUCUUCUUCGUCCUACUCGAAAAACAUUUCCCCGAAUCUAGCCCCCUAAGAAAACUAUUUAACCCCCAGUCUAUGAAAUUGUCCUACUCCUCCACCACCAACACUGCCGGAGUUACCUGGUUUCUUAACAAGAAACUCAGAAAUCCACAACCAGCUAACCUCAACCCUAAUAGAUUAACUCAAAAUAACCCCUAGCUCCAUACAUAUAAACCCAAAACAAAUCGCCCCCAUUAGCAACAUCCGAUCCCUAAAUUUACCACAACGCCCAACGACACCUGUAAAAAUAGAGACAACACCGAGGAUUCCACCAGACACAAUAAAUAUUAUAUUAUGCAACACCACCCUCAACUCCUUAACAAAUACUAAUCUUAACGCCAGCAAUAAUAAGAACCCUAACACCAACUCCACACUAAAUAGCAAUCCCCUCACAAGUUCAUCCGGAACACCACCCACAAAACUUCAGAUGCCCAACCUCUUGUCCUUUAGAUAACGGCUGUCUCACAAAAAAUAUUGUUUAUAAGUGCACAGUAUCAACUGUGCCAACUGUUACUACAUUUAUAUCGGCUCAUGUAGCACCACCUUCAAAGCUAGAGUGAACAGCUACUACUCCAGCUCAAGUUCCAAACAAAAUCCAACAGUACAUCCAACUUAUCAGUAAACUAACGCUUGAUUCAACUCCUUACACUCUCUCGUGGUCUAUAGUCACCCACGCCAAGCUUUACAACAGCUAUAAUAACAAGAGUGAUCUCUGCAUAGCCGAGGUCUCGGCUAUUCUGCAAUCCAUGGAUUGUCUUAAUGAACGCAGCGGUAUAAUAUUCACCUGCAAACAUCGGUCACUAAAUCUAUUCUCAGAAUACAAAUAUUUACAAACCCACUCCCCUAAACUUCAUAAAUUUUCCUUCUUAUCCACCCUCAAUACCACUAUAUAUUAAACCAACAAUAUAUCUCCCGUUUAAUUCCUUUAUUGUCAAUUAAACACUUCUCUCCGUAUUUUUCUUUACCUUUUAAAAAUGUUGUUCUUUCUUUUUAUUUCAACUCCCUCUCCAACCCUCUCUCUCCUUAAACUUACAAGUACAUAGUUUUGUGAUUCGGCCAGAAAGCCCUUGAAUGCCAUCAGUCAACUAACCGUACUUAAAUUCCUCAUUCUAUCUUGCUUUAUUCAUACCCACUUUCUUUUUCUUCCUGACUAAAAUAUCUCCCCUCCAAAUUAUCUUUCUUUCAAAUACCAGUUACCUUACUAAAUUCUGUGAUUCAGCCAAUACAGCUUUUGUUUAGUACCAGUCAAUUGACCUUGCUUAAAUUUCUCCCUCCUCUCACUCCCUUGUAUAUUCUUUCCCCCCCCCCGCCUUCUAAUACUUACUUCUCUCUAUAUUUUUAUACUCCUCUUAUACUGUGCUCUCUACACAUUCUGACUGAAUCUUCCAUGCGUCAGCAUGUACAUCCUUGCCUUAUUUACGUUGAAAAUACCAACAUUUGCUGCAUCUUAAAAGGAGCAUGUUCGUAUUGCUUAUGGUGCCUUCCCCGGACCCUGUCACAUAAGUAAAAUUUUAUGCUAAUUAAAUUUUAUAUAUUCAAAUGAAGUUCAGAUAUAAAAAAAAUAAGCUUAAAAAGAAUUUGUUAUAUCAAAUAAAAAAAAUAAUAAAACAUAUGCGCUUAAAUAAAAAAUAUAAAGUAAAAUUAUUGUCUUUUAGAACUUUCCAAAUGUAUUAUAUCUUGCAUCAUUGCCGUCAAUAAACAAUUUAGCCACUUUUUCACAACUAAUUUUUUCCUAAACAUCUCAAUGAACAUGGCAUAUUACAAUAUAAUUCAACCUUUGCCGAGUCAUGGUCGAGCGCAGCCAAGUUUUGAGUCUCCGCAGAGCGCUAAAAGAUCUUUCAGCUUCACAAGAACUGGUUGGAAACAUUAAAAGUAGCCUGAGCAAUCGCUCAACAUAUGGAAACAUGCGAUGAACUGCUGGUUGCAUUUUACCAAAUAUUUUACGAUGAUCCUCGGGAGAUGAUCCACUAUGAUGAUUUCUAUAAAAAAGUAUUUUGUUCCUUAAAGAAAAUUCAUCAAGCUCAGGAUACUGAUCAUUUCAGCACAAAAAUUUCUGUUGAGUAAAAUACUGCUCAGUUUUUCACAAUCUGCCAAAUCCUGUGAAAAAAAAAAUCUUUCAAAUUUGCUAUUGCAGUAUCCACUACCUGCAAAUACUGCACUCUACAAUGAUCCAAAACAGUGCAGUGUUGAUAUUUUAAAGCAUUUUCGUCCUGGUAUCUUUUAGGAAGUUUUAGUUGCCUGGAUAGCUCCAAAGAAGAAAUAUCGAGUUGAUAAAUCAUUUUUUUCUGCUGUAUUGAACAGCUCCUGAAAUUUUUCUUCCUUGCGUAGAUUUUUUUUUAGCUCAUCCUGCACCAGUUUGACACUACGCAACAAUCCACCUAGAUUGACGGUGAUACUUUGAAAAGAUUUGUUCAAUCUUUCAAGGAGUUAAAGUAACGGAACUACAACAUGCAAUCCAAGAACGUAUUGGCCCGUAGAGAGACACGUAAGAAUACCAUUAGCUCUGGAUGCAAUGUUGGUGCCAAACACAUUUGAUGUCUCUUGUAAAGAAAUGAGGACAUCUGAUAAUUUUCAAGAAGGGCUUUGACUGCAGGAAGUCGUGUUAGCUAUCGAGUAUGGCACACAGGUUUUAAGGAGCGUGGUAACGAUACUUCAUUUUCUUCAUCAUAUUGUGAUAAAUACGCGUGCUUAAAUUUCUCUGAUGUACUGUAUAGUUUCCCCAAUUCAUUCACGAAAUCGGGAACAUUUUUAAUAAAUGAAGCUUGUUGAACGGACUUAGCUAUAAGUUGAGAAACAUGAGCACCGCAGUGCACGUAUUGGGCUAGAGGCUGAAUCUUCUUUAUUACUGCUUGACAACCACGAUGUUUACCUGCCAUAUUAGCUGCACCAUCAUAUGUCUGGCAUCGAAGAGUUUGAAUUAGUAACUGAAGGCAUAGAAUUACAUCAAGAAUCAGUUGACAAAGAGAUUUACCAGUUGUACUGUCUAUAUUGUAGAUUCCUAAAACAUCUUCAAUUUCAAAAUAAUUAUUCACAUAACGAACACAAAUGACCUCCUGUUCCUUACCUUGAAUAUUUUGUGUACCUUCAAUAAUUAUUCCAAACUGCUUA